GUGUCAGUCUAUCUCGUCUACAUGUAUUCUUACAAUGCUGCACUUAGUACUUUUCACAGGUCUUUUUUAUGUAUGAUUUUACAUUUAACAAAGAUAUAGUUCAGUAUUGCUGAUAAUUUCACACUUGAUCAGUUUAUAACAUAUUAUAGAAAGCUGUGAACUUUCUUGAAAGUUAAUAAUCUGUCAAUUAGUGAGAGUGAGAAAGAUUUUCCCUUUGUUUUAUAUUUUUCAGAUCAUUUUCAUUAAUUGAUUUCAUCUGAAAAUGGCUGGUAACGAUUAUUUGAGAGAUCCAAAGAAUCCAUUUUUCUCUCUAGAAGAUGAUGUAGACGAUGAAACCUUUUUAAAAAGUGCACCACCUAGAUAUCCUUCCACAAACCCAUUUCAGAAUUACGAUAAUGAACUUGAGAAAAAGCAUCAAGAACUUGUUGAACGUAAAAAGGAAGUUGAACAGAGAACAUUACAAUCAUCUAUGCGUUCUAUGUCACUAUUGAGAGACACGGAAGAGGUCGGAACUGCCACUGCUGAGGAAUUAAUACGUCAAAGAGAACAAUUGGAGCGAACAGACAGGCGUCUCGAUGAUAUCAACAAUACUUUAAGAUUUAGUCAGAAACAUAUUCAAGGGAUAAAAAGUGUGUUUGGCGGAUUGAAAAACUAUUUCAGUGGUAGUAAAUCCAUGGAUGCACCUCCUGGAUCUAGUGCAGGGGGAAUAAAAACUCCUGAAUCACCUUUGUCACCAACAUCAGAGGCAAAUCUAGCUGACAGAUUGAAUAAAACAGCAGAAAGUGCUCGUCGUAACUCAGAACAUCCAUCAUUUCGUCUUCGAGGUAUGACCGAAGAGGAAGAAGAUAUUCAUCCAUCAACAAAGAAUCUAACUGCAGUUUUAGAGGCUAAUUUAGAUGAAAUGAGUAGUUCAAUUUCCAGAUUGAAAGGUUUGGCUAUUGGCUUGUCAGAAGAAAUCGAUACACAAAAUGAUUUGAUUGAUAGCAUCACUGAUAAAGCAGAGAAAGCAGAUAUUACUUUACAAAGACAAAAUAAAGACAUUAGACAUUUAUUAAAAAAGUAAUAAAUUGAUUAAUUUAUUUGUUGUGAAUUUGCUUAUCUAAAAGUUGGAGAACCCAUAAAAGUGAUGCAUUAUCAAUUAAACGUUUGUGGAUAAAAAUUAGAAAGUUCAUUUUUAGUACAAUUUUCAAUGGAUUUCUUUUAAAAAUAUCAGUGAAUGUAUCAUUUUUAUAAUAGUUAAUUUGUACUCAAUAUAAGAUUUAUUUAUAACGAAGUUAGUCCAUCGACUUAUAGUACUUUU